AUGUCCAAGCAGACUAUCGUCGUCUUCGGUGCCACUGGUAACCAGGGAGGCUCAGUAAUCAAUAGCAUCCUGGCCGAUAGUAAAGCGUCUAGCCGAUUCCACCUCAAGGGCGUCACUCGCGAUCCUACCAAGGAGAGCUCUAAGGCGUUGGCAUCCAAGGGCGUGGAAGUCGUCAAAGCCGAUCUGAACGACCGCCGUUCCCUUCACAAUGUCAUUAAGGGCGCCUACGGGGUGUUCGCUGUCACCAAUUUCUGGGAGACCUUCAGUGUAGAGACUGAGAUUGCCCAGGGCAAGAACAUUGCCGAUGUCAGUAAGGAAGAAGGUGUUCAGCACUUAGUCUGGAGCAGUCUGUUGAACAUUACAAAAUUGAGCAAGGGAAUCCUACCCGGAGUCUACCACUUUGACGGCAAAGCGGAAGUGGAAGAAUAUAUCCGCUCUCUGGGUAUCCCAGCCACCUUCUUCCUUGCAGGCUUCUUCAUGUCCAACCUGCCUGGUGGGGGUCUGCGUGAGAACAAUGGCAAAUGGAGCCUUGCUCUCCCCAUGCCCGAUAAUGCACCGAUCCCACUCCUUGCAGCUGAAUAUGACACCGGUAAGUUUGUCAAGGCUGUCUUCCUCAAAAAGGAAGCCACACUGGGUAAGCAAAUCUACGGGGCACAUGCCUAUGUGACUCCCGCCAAGAUCCUCCAGGAUUUCAAGGAGGCGUAUCUUAGUGCUGGCAAGGAUGCUACAUACACUGAACUGCCCCAUGAGGUGUUCAAGGGCAUUGUGGCAUCAACCGGUGCUCCUGAGAUUGUGCAGGAAGAGUUGCUGCAGAACAUGCGCCUCAUCCCGGAAUUUGGAUACUAUGGCGGUGCCUCUCUCGAGCCUAGUAUUGCAAUUGUCGACGAACCUCUGACCACUUGGAAGGAAUAUAUGAAGUUGGCGCCUGCUUUUGCCAGCUUGAAAUGAGGUCUUCACCACUACCAGAAGACUCAGUUUAAUAUAAUUCCUGCGUUAUUCUAUUUGUAGUUAAUUGUAGCUCCCACUUGAGUCAGCAUUCAUGUCCAGGGUACUAUACUGGGUAGUAUGGCAAAGUUAUUGCAAAGGGACGUGAUGCUCUUCGGGGAGCAAAGAACUAAGAAAUGCC